AUGGGAUUCUCCAGUUCCGUCUUACUUUCAGUCCUCGCCAGUACUACUUUGGCUUUAUCCUUCAACAGGGAUGCUGGUGAAUUUAUCAAAAGGGAAACUAACGACGAAUUAAUUCUCGACAAGAGAUCUUUUGUUAACAGUAUCACAUCAACUCCUGCUUUGUUUGACAAGUUUAUUUACUUCAUUUUCUUGGAUCACGGUUUCCAUGGUGCUCUUAUCAAUUCUGUGACUGAUAUUUUCACCGGACACCCAGGGAAGUCUUCCGCUACUCUUAUGAAGGGUAUCAGUGGUACUCAAUUCGCUCAAUCUUUGUUCUCUGAGUUGCACGGUAGUCAAGGGGACGAGUUCUUGGGUUCCAUUGCUCCUGUCUACAACUGUGGUUGCGAAGCUGGUACUCCACCUCCAUCCACUGGAGGUCAUUCAAGCUCUGGUGGUUCCGAUGGUAUGGACAUGGGCGGUUCUGAAUACACAACCGACCAGUGUAUGCCAGGUGGAGAAGGAAGUCACGGAGGUAAUGUCGGAGGUUCAUUCGUUGCAACUAUCUUUCUGGGUAUUGUUACUGGUUCUAUCGUUAAGGAUACUUUUGAAGCCAUUCAACACGAUGUUUGUUUGAUCUCCCACAUGUUCAGGGAUAUUGCUGUUGGUAACUUGAUGAACGUUGGUGACUUGUCUGGUAUGAUGACCAAGAGUGAUAUGACUCCUUCUUUAUUGAACCACCUUAAGGGCAGUAACGGUUUGUACAAGAACGAUGUUGACACUUGGGUUCAAAGCCAAGGUCCUGCUAUGGUAGAAAAGAUGAAGUCCAUGAGUGGUAUGUAA